AUGUCGGUCAGUCUUCGCAAGGGAAAUACCAGGCUUCCGCCGGAGGUGAACCGCGUGCUCUACGUCCGCAACCUUCCGUUCAACAUCUCCAGCGAGGAGAUGUACGAUAUCUUCGGAAAGUUCGGCGCCAUUCGCCAGAUCCGGAUCGGCACAAACAAGGACACGAGAGGCACCGCUUUCGUGGUCUACGAGGAUAUCUACGACGCCAAGACGGCCGUGGAUCACCUCUCUGGUUUCAACGUCGCCAACAGGUACCUCAUCGUUCUGUAUUACCAGCAGGCCAAGAUGAGCAAGAAGUUUGAUCAGAAGAAGAAGGAAGAGGAGAUUGUCAAGAUGCAGGAGAAAUACGGAGUCUCCACCAAAGAUAAGUAG